AUGCUCACCAUAUCUGGGGCGCCCACCCCAGACACCUCAUCUUACACGAUCAAGAUUAAGACUCCUCCAUCUGCAUCUGCAUCUGCAUCUUCAACCUCGAAAUCGAUAAACUCAGCGCUGCAGUUUUCUUCGACUCGCCUCUACCCCUAUUCUCACCACACGACGGCCACCCUCCUGCCCCCAGGCUCGACGUUCCGCAUCCGGAUACCGCUCGGGUGCGCCCACCUUCCGCAGUCGCAGAUCAAGCUGCCCCGGUCGGCCGCCGCGCAGUCGGUGGCGGCCAAGUACCUGCACGACGCCCGCGGCGAGCAGGCCGAGGCCGGCGGCGGUAGCAGCGCGCUGCCGACCGAGGCCCAGCGGGUCAAGAACUACACCCAGUCGGCGUCGUGGUGGCUCCCCUCGCUCGAGAUCGUGUCGUCGGCCUUCUUCACCGGACCCGACAGCAUCACCGCCCUCGCCACCCCGCCCUCCCCCCGCCCGUCCGCCCCGCUGCGCGAGGUCGGCUGCGGCGAGGAGCGGCGGUUCCGAGUUCUGUUGGCCGACGACAACUUCGACAUGCGCGAGUACGUGACCAAGCUGCUCUCCGAGCGCUACGACGUCACCACAGCCUCCAACGGCAUGGAAGCGCUGGCCAUGGUGCAGCAGGAGCCCAUCGACCUCGUGCUGACCGACGUCAUGAUGCCCCUCAUGGAUGGCUUCACACUCCUCAAGGCUCUCAGAGCCACGAGCGAGACCCGCAUGAUACCGGUCAUCCUUCUGUCGGCGCGAGCAGGUGAAGAAUCCAAGGUCGAGGGACUCGAAGCCGGUGCCGACGACUACCUCAUCAAACCCUUCACCGCCCGCGAGCUCCUCGCACGCGUUGGGUCGCACCUCGACAUGGUCCGCAUGCGCUCCGAAGCCGCCCGCCGCGAACAAGAGCUUCGCUUCCAGGAGGACAUGCUGGGCCGCGAUGUGUGGGACUUCAUGGCCGACACGGAGGACAAGGUGGUGCGCAACAACCUCGAGCGGGCCAUCCGCGAGCAGAUCGACGUCUGCUUCGAAUUCUACUACCCGGCCAAGGACCGGUGGUACGAGCACCGAAUGUACCCGGCCGUCGAGGGCGGCGCCUCCAUCUUCACGCUCGACAUCACCGCACGCAAGAAAUCAGAGGAGAGACUCUCCGUCUUGGCCAAGAUCGGCCAACUGCUUUCGUCGAGCAUUGAUUGUCACCUGCCGUCCCUGCUCGCCUCCAUCCUCAAGAUCGCAGCCGGUUCGGUGGUGGCGGAUUGGUGCGUGCUGGACAUUGUGGAGGAGCGCGGGACGAUCGAGCGGAUCGCCACGCCGACCGCGCUCGCCAACAAGUGGAAGAUGACCAAGCUGCCGUGGGAGCAGCGGGUCGACCCCAAGAAGUACCACAUGGUCGUGGAGCUGUGCAACGGCGACCGGGUGGGCGUCGAGUCCGACCUGUCGUCCGAGGGCGACUCCUUCAUCGCCUUCCCCCUCGCCGCCCGCGGCAAGGUCUUCGGCACCUGGCUCUUUGCCCGCCACCACCCCCGCGGCGAGAGCCGCGCAUACCUGGAAGAGGACAAGGCGGCGUGCGAGGAGCUGGCCCGGCGGGCGGCGCUGGCCAUCGACAACAUCCGCCUCUACCAGGACGCCGAGAACGCCAACCAGGCCAAGGACCACUUCCUCGCCGCGCUCUCGCACGAGCUGCGCACCCCGCUCACCCCCGCCCUCCUCCUCUCCGAGGCUCUCCUCACCGAGGAUCUGCCGCCGGCGAUCACGGAGAACAUCAAGACGAUCCACGAGUCGGUGGAGCUCGAGGUGCAGCUCAUCGACGACCUGCUCGAUCUGACCAAGAUCGCCCGCGGCAAGCUGCAGCUGCACUCGCAGGAGCUCAGCGCGCACGAGCUGCUCGGUCGCACCCUCCAGAUCGUCGCGCACGAUAUCGCCAACAAGCAGCUCAACGUGGGCGUCGACCCCCGCGCCAGCGGCGACCGCAUCGUCGCCGACCCCGCCCGCCUCCAGCAGGUCUUCUGGAACAUCAUAAAGAACGCCAUCAAGUUCACCCCCGAGAACGGCUCGAUCAUCAUCCGCACCAGCAACUACGAGAUCGAGGAGGAGGUCGAGGAGGAGAACCAACAACAACAACAACAACAGGCCAGUGCGAACGCCGAUGCCGACGGAACUGGGACGCCGGCCACGAAGUCGCUGGACGACAGCGCGAGCGCGGUGGACCUGAAGCGAAAGAUGAAGUCGAGCGGCAACGGCGGCGGCGGCGGCAAGGGCAGCCACAUCAUCGCGCCCCCGCGGCGGAAGGUGACGCGCAAGAAGGUGAUGCUGCGGGUCGAGGUGCAGGACACGGGCAUCGGCAUCGAGGCCAACAUCAUCCCACACCUCUUCCACGCCUUCGAGCAGGGCGACUCGUCGAUCACCAUCCGCUUCGGCGGCCUGGGCCUGGGCCUCGCCAUCUCGCGGUCGCUCGUCGAGAUGCACAGCGGCGCCCUGUCGGCCGACAGCGAGGGCAAGGGCAAGGGCGCCACCUUCACCAUCGUCCUCCCCACCAUCCACACCUCCACGCCCAGCCCGCAGCUGGCCGCGGCCGCGGCCGCGGCGUUGCCGCCAGGCGUGACAUUGGGGGCGACAGGCGGCGCGCGACGGAGCGGCGGUGGGCGAGCACCACCGCUGCGCCAAUGGACGUCAGCUUCCAGUUGGCCUUGA